AGUUGCCGAUAAAAGGAAAUCCGCGGUGGCUGUUGGCCGGUUGCACGAUUGAAGAGCGCAAGCCGCCUCGUGGAAACGUUUUCGCUCCCGACGGGAAGUGCCGCGAUAAAAACACGUAGGACAGUCCGCAGCCCGCAGGAAGUCUCCGCGCCGUCCGUUCACGCGCCCGCGAAGUCGUCGCCCAGCCUAACCACGCACCACGAGCUUUUUGACAGUGCGCUUGACCAACGCAGUAAGGCUACGUUUAGAAAGCAGCCAUCUUGCAAUACCUAAUCAAAGAUCCACGGCUAGCGGGUAUCGCUGUCUGGUUUGUGACCAGUUAAUAUCAACACACAGUUCGUCAAAUGGCUUUAAAGCGAAUUAAUAAGGAACUUCAGGACCUUGGUAGAGAUCCACCAGCGCAAUGCUCCGCUGGGCCUGUAGGAGACGAUUUAUUCCAUUGGCAGGCAACUAUCAUGGGACCACCUGAUAGCCCGUAUCAAGGAGGAGUAUUUUUCCUAACAAUUCACUUUCCCACAGAUUACCCGUUCAAACCACCCAAGGUGGCUUUCACGACUAGAAUCUAUCAUCCCAAUAUCAACAGUAAUGGAAGUAUUUGUUUGGAUAUUUUAAGAUCGCAAUGGUCUCCUGCGCUCACUAUAUCAAAGGUGUUACUGUCAAUAUGCUCCUUGCUGUGCGAUCCAAAUCCAGAUGACCCAUUGGUACCAGAGAUAGCCAGGAUAUACAAAACUGACAGGGAGAAGUACAAUGAAUUGGCACGUGAAUGGACGCGCAAGUAUGCCAUGUGAUGCGCCAACCUCCGUUGACCUCAACACCCAGACACCACCAAGAAACAGCCCCAGCCUAUUGCCACUUAUGCAUCAGCACCGAUUGAAAUUAGCUAUGGCUCGUCUACUUUUAAACUUAAGCCAGUAUUCGGGCUCGAGGAAUCCUCAGGCAAACGUGAUCGAUUUCAACUUUCCCCGGAUUGGGAAGCCCGCGAAUAUUAAGACGUUGCCACACUACGGCAAUCGAGGCAAUUUUGAAGGUGGUCACCCAGCAUUAUAUAUAUAAAUCAGACAACAAAACAUGUCCGCUUUGAUUUUCGUAAAUAAAAAUAUGGAAGUAAAAUAUAGGAGAGUGAAAGUAGGAUUUGUAUUUGAAUUUUCAUAGGUUGAUUUCCAAUUAUUGCGCUUACGAUAAUAAUUGUAACGUUAUGAUACCUACUUUCUCAGUGGAAUGAAAAACCUCGAACUGACAGCACAUCGAUUGUUAGUUUUUAACGCAAGUGAGCAAUGUUUGCCCGUCCCUUGGAAACGAUGUGGUCACUCUUUUGUAAGACUGGGCUAUAUAUAUAAAUACUACUGAAACUGUA